UCGGUAAAACAGAAUGAAUCUUGAAAAGAAAAUUUCCAUCUCUCGAUCUCUUCUUCCUCUUCACCCUGUGUGGGUUAACUUAUCAGAUAGAUAUCAGUCCACUCCUCUGUCUUCUCUCGUUCUUGGAAAGCUUCAAUCUCAUCCCUUGUUACUUGCUCUUUUUUUGUAGGCAGCUCUUUUUCCCAGCUCUUUUUCCCAGCUCUUUGUCCCUGCCACCACUUGCCUCUCUCUCUUUCCUUCACUUUUUCUUUUUUGACGUGACCAGCGACAGGUUCAGAGCGAUAGCAGGCUGCCUAUCAAAGGAGGAGAGAUAAAGAGAGGGGGAGAGGAAGAGGAGAAGCCUGCUCUUUGAUCAAGUCUGUCAGCCCAAACAACCACAAAUACAGGCAGCAUGUCUACUCCCGUGUCCCCGUCCCCUUCCCUCUCCCCCCUGACCCUGGCCUCACCCGUGGCCACCCCUGGGGCCUCUCCCCUGCUCCCCCUCACUCCCCCUCCCAGGGUGCCAGUGUUCCAGAGGAAGGGGGCGCUGAAGCACAAGAGGAUCAUCGAGGUCAAGGACCACCAGUUCACCGCUCGCUUCUUCAAACAGCCCACCUUCUGCAGCCACUGCACUGACUUUAUCUGGGGAAUUGGAAAGCAGGGAUUUCAAUGUCAAGUGUGCAGUUUCUCUGUCCACAAGCGAUGUCACGAGUAUGUAACCUUCACCUGUCCUGGAGCCCCCACUGCUCCUACAGAAGACUUGAAGAGUAAACACAGAUUUCGACCUCAGACCUACACUUCUCCAACGUUCUGUGAUCACUGUGGUUCUCUGCUCUAUGGCCUUAUCCAACAGGGCAUGAAAUGCUCCUGUUGUGAGAUGAAUGUCCACAAGCGUUGUGAGAGCCUGGUGCCCAGCCUGUGUGGUCAAGAUCAUACAGAGAAGAGAGGCAGGAUCCACCUGACCGUCCGGGGAGAGAACGAGGACAUCUUCAUCACAGUGCGGGAGGCUCGUAACCUGAUCCCCAUGGACCCCAACGGUCUGUCUGACCCCUACGUGAAGCUCAAGCUAAUCCCUGACCCCAAGAGCCAGAGCAAACAGAAGACCAAGACUAUCCGCUCCACACUCAACCCCGUCUGGAACGAGAGCUUCACCUUCUCGGUGCGUGGGCGGCAGUGGGACCGUCGUCUGUCGGUGGAGGUGUGGGAUUGGGAUCGUACGUCUCGGAAUGACUUCAUGGGAUCGCUGUCGUUCGGAGUGAGCGAGAUAUUCCGUCACUCAGUUAGUGGCUGGUUCAAACUGCUGGAUCAGGAUGAGGGAGAGUACUACAACAUGCCUGUCCCUGACGAAAAUGAGCCUAGUGGUCUAGAUGCUAUUCCCCCCUCCCUUCUCCCCCCCUCCCUGAGGCCUGCCCCUGUGUCUGUGUCUGUUCCUGUCCCCGUGUCUGUCCUGUCCCCCUCAGCCCCGUCAGUCCCCUGUCUGGCCACCCUACCUGCAGGACCGGUCAAGCCCAGGAUUUGCCUCCAGGACUUCAACUUCCUCAUGGUGCUGGGAAAAGGCAGCUUCGGAAAGGUACUGCUGGCUGAGGAGAGAGGAAGUGAGCGGCUGUUUGCGGUGAAGGUGUUGAAGAAGGAUGUGCUGUUCCAGGAUGAGGACACAGAGAGCGCCAUGGUGGAGAGGAGGGUUCUGGGACUGGCCAACCGCCCCCACUUCCUCACAGCACUCUACUCAGCCUUCCAGACAGAGGACCGUCUCUACUAUGUGAUGGAGUAUGUCAAUGGAGGAGACCUCAUGUUUCACAUCCAGAUAGUUGGCAAGUUCAAAGAGCCUCACGCAGCGUUCUAUGCAGCAGAGAUAGCCAUAGGCCUCUUCUUCCUCCAUACUAAAGGAAUCAUCUACAGGGAUCUGAAGCUGGACAACGUGUUGCUGGACAGUGAGGGUCAUAUAAAGAUAGCUGAUUUUGGGAUGUGCAGGGAGGGCAUGUUUGAAGGUGACACUACACGUACCUUCUGUGGGACCCCAGACUACAUCGCACCAGAGAUUGUAGCCUACCAGUCCUAUGGUAAGGCAGUUGACUGGUGGUCGUAUGGGGUGCUGCUCUAUGAGAUGUUGGCUGGACAGCCUCCCUUUGAUGGUAUUGAUGAGGAGGAGUUAUUUCAGUCCAUCAUGGAGCAGAGUGUCUCCUAUCCCAAGAGUCUGUCCCGUGAGGCCGUCGCCAUCUGCAAGGGGCUCCUGACCAAGCACCCAGCGAAGCGACUGGGCGGAGGGGAGGAGGGGGAGAAAGAGAUACGGGAGCAUCCCUUCUUCCGUUGGAUGGACUGGGACCGACUGGAGAGAAUGGAGAUACAGCCUCCCUUCAAACCCAGAACUGGUGGGAAGAAAGGGGAGAACUUUGACAAGUUCUUCACAGCGGCUCCGUCCGUGCUGACACCCUCUGACCCUGACGUUCUGGCGGCCAUUGACCAGGAAGACUUCCUGGGCUUCUCCUUCAUUAACCCUGAGCUCGCCCCCCCGACCCUCACUGCCAUCUGAGGGGGGCAGCUCUCUGUAUUUUUGUCCUCUCCUCUUGGUCUGAAGGGAGCAGCUCUGGGGGGGGGGGGGGGGGGGUAGCUC